GUAAAAACACCCCAUUUGCCGGCAUUUUGGCUGCAGUUGAAAGUUCAAAUUAAGCAUGGCUGUAUCUGUUAUAAGUAAUAACACACAGUGCAGGGUCAGCUCUGUUUUGAACAGAGAUGUCAAACAGUUCGGCAAACAAUUCAUGUUUGAUGCUAAUGAGGAGACGUGUUGGAAUUCUGACCAGGGAAAAUCACAGUGGGUGGUGCUGGAGUUCCCUGCGCCAGUGAGGGUGUCUGAGCUCAGGGUGCAAUUCCAAGGCGGAUUCUCAGGAAGAUCUUGCACGUUAGAAGGCUGUAGCAAAGGAGGGGCUCUGGAACGCAUUCUAGACUUCUAUCCAGAAGACAACAACUCUCUACAGAGCUUUCCCAUUUCCCAGGAUGGCCCCGUCGUGCAGAAGCUUAAGAUAGUAUUUGAAAACAGUGCAGACUUUUUUGGAAGAAUAAUCGUUUACUCUUUGGAUAUCCUGGGAGAACGGGAUCUGUAAUGUGUGGCGAAGAUCAAA